AUGACAGUCGCUGUGCUCUCGGCACACAUCCACACACAUUUCCUUGUCUCUCUGUGGGAGCUGGACGCGUUGAAGGUCGAUUACAGCCACACGGACACCCGCACGGUUGCUGCGCCGUACUUCUUCCAGCACUGCGAUGCCGCCGGCCACACGACGUUGUGGUGCCACAAAAAGUACAAGGACAACAAGCUGCAGUGCAUGACGGCCAGCCUGAUCCGCGUGUGGUUGCAGCGCAUGGAGCACGUGCGCCAGUACGCGUUGGGUGUUGCGCUCAUGAUUGUAGAGGAGAGGCGGCACGACAUUGUGGUGCUGUUUGUCUUGCGCGGCCGCGGCAUGCCGGCGAUUGUGAGGACACGGAGCUGUUUGACUGAGGGGAGGUGGACGUUGCGGCUCAGCGGGAACGCAUGA